GCUAUUAAUACUGAAAAGUAUCAAAGAAAAUAUCUUUGUUGCCUCGUUGGAAUGUCGAAUGGGCUUUCUGGUUUUAUCCGUUUCAGGUUGAAGCAAUUUUCUUUCGGUUUUGGGAAGGAAGAAGAAUCUUGUUUCAAUGGAGGAUUUACCAGAGCACUUAGCCUGGGACAUUUUGGGUAGGCUUAAGAAAACUGCAGACCGGAAUUCCACUUCUUUAGCAUGUAAACACCUCCACAAAUUGGAGAGAGAACAGAGGGAUUUUCUUAGGGUUGGUUGUGGAUUGGAUCCUGCAAAUGAAGCCUUAACUUCUCUGUGCAAUCGGUUCCCCAACUUGAAGAAAGUUGAAAUUAUUUACUCUGGUUGGAUGUCCAAAUUAGGAAAGCAAUUGGAUGACAGGGGCCUUCUCAUACUUUCUCUGCAUUGUCCUUCUCUAGUUGACCUGACCCUGAGUUACUGUACCUUCAUUACUGAUUGUGGACUCGGCCAUUUAGCUUCUUGCACAAAGCUUACAACUUUGAAGUUGAAUUUUACCCCAGGGAUCACUGGUUGUGGCAUAUUGUCUCUGGUUGUGGGUUGCAAGAACCUGACCACACUCCACCUAGUCCGUUGCAUAAACGUCAGCAGUGUUGAGUGGUUAGAGUACCUUGGAAAGCUUGAGACUCUGGAGGACCUAUCAAUCAAGAACUGUAGAGCAAUUGGGGAGGGAGACCUUGCCAAGCUUGGACCUGGUUGGAGGAAACUGAAAAGGUUGCAGUUUGAGGUUGAUGCCAAUUAUAGAUACAUGAAGGUGCGUGAUCGAUUGGCUGUAGAUCGGUGGCAGAAGCAGUGGGUUCCCUGUGAGAAUAUGCAGGAGCUUAGCUUGGUUAAUUGCCUCAUCAAUCCGGGAAGAGGGCUUUCUUGCAUAUUAGGGAAGUGCAAGGCCUUGGAGAAGCUCCAUUUGGAUAUGUGUGUAGGAGUCAGGGACAGUGACAUUGAGAGCUUAGCCCAGAAUUCGACAAACCUCCAAUCUAUCUCUCUUCAUCUCCCAUCAGAUUUCUCAUUGCCUUUGUUAAACAAUCCAUUGAGGUUGACAGAUGAGAGUCUGAAAGCAGUGGCUCAGAACUGUCCUGUGCUUGAAUCAGUCAAGAUAUCAUUCUCGGAUGGUGACUUCCCUUCCUUCUCUUCAUUUAGCUUAAAUGGCAUUCUUACUCUGAUCCAAAUGUGUCCAGUCCGAGUGUUGAUCCUUGACCAUGUCUACUCCUUCAAUGACAAUGGGAUGGAAGCUCUCUGUUCUGCCAACUUUCUUGAGACUCUGGAGCUUGUGAGAUGCCAAGAGAUCAGCGACGAGGGUCUGCAACUCGUGGGACAGUUUCCACAAUUGACUGUUCUUACACUUUCGAAGUGUUUAGGUGUAACGGAUGAUGGAAUAAAGCCGCUUGUGGGAUCACACAAGUUGGAAGUGUUGACAGUGGAGGACUGCCCUCAGAUUUCUGAGAGGGGUAUCCAAGGGGCUGCAAGGUUUGUUUCAUACAAGCAAGACUUGUCAUGGAUUUACUGAAGUGAAACCUUCCCUGCUUCAAUUUCGCAUAAUUUGUUGGUCUAGUUUCCAUUUUAUCCAAAAUGAAUUAUUGUCUCCUGGGAAGCUUCUUUCUUCA